AUGGGGCUGAAGAGAGCAGACCUGCGCCUCAAUCACCCUUUCAUCCAGAACCUGAUUGCUGGGUUGAUGCUCCUAUGUCUCCCGGGCAUCUACCUCGCCUUGACAGGUCUCGGAGCCGGUGGAGGGAAACCGUCGUCUCAAGCCGUGGCAGCAAACGUCAAUGCCAUCCUGUAUGGUGUCUUCUUCAUCACCGGGUGGUUUGCGGGCUCGGUGAUGAAUCUCAUCGGCCCAAACUACACGGUCUUUCUCGGGUCGAUUGGAUAUAGUCUCUACACGGGUCAGUCAACUAUAUUCCUCGAGAGGACCCUCGCUUUUGACUUCGCGUUGCUCACCCUGGUUGCAGGUGGUCUCUGGUACUUCGACCGAAGCGGACACUCGUGGCUGGCAUACCUCGGUGGAGGCAUUGAAGGGGUAUCGGCGGCGCUUCUGUGGGCGUCUGCCGGCGCCAUUGCGUACUCGUACGCUGAAGAGAAGGACAAGGCUCUGUUCAUGACAAUCCAAUGGUGCAUGUGUGAAGGUGGCUCGACGAUCGCAGCUCUCGUGGCUCUCGGCAUCAACAUACACAGCGCGCGGCAAGACGCCGGCGCUCCCACGCCAGUCUACGUCGUGUUCGUUGUGAUCCAGGUCCUGGCCAUGGUCCUGGCCCUGACACUGCUCGUGCGGCCUGCAAAGGUGGUGCGCAGCGACGGGACCAAGAUCGCCAUCUUCAAGCAGCCGUCGCUGAAGAGCGAGCUGGAGGGCAUCGUCGAGAUGAUCAAGGACUACCGGUUCAUGAUGCUGCUGCCGGCCAUCUUCGUCGCCGAGAUGGCCCUGGCCCUCCAGAGCUCGCUCAACGGCUACUACUUCAACCUGCGCACCCGCUCGCUCAACAACGUCAUGUUCAACUUCAUCCAGCUGCCCGCCAGCUUCGGCAUGACCUACAUCCUCGACAACCCCCGGUUCGGGCGCAGAAAGACCCGGGCCCUGAUUGGCAUUUCGGUCAUGAGCGCCGUCACGCUGGCCAUCUGUGCGGCCGAGGCGGCCUGGCUGGCCCAACACCAUCUGAACCGACACGAGGCGGGACCGUCGACCGACUGGACGGAUCCGGGCUUUGCCGGCGCGUUUGUCAUCUACAUCAUCUACGGGAGUGUGUACAGCAUCUACCAAAUCGCGACCCAAUACGUCAUCUGCGCGCUGACCAACGACCCGGAACGCCUGGCCCGGCGGGCGUCGUGCUUCCGCGGCACCACCGCGCUGGGCAUGAUGUUCAGCUUCAUCAUCGACGGCAACGGCGGCACCUACAUCACCCAGCUCUCCUUCCAAUUCGCGUGCUACUUUGUCGGCAUCCUGUUCCUGUACACCGUCACGGUGCUGUACGUCAGUGACACGAACUACUUCCACGAGGACACGGUCAUCGUGCCCAAGCACAUUGAAGACGACGCGAGGCUGGACGGGAGGAUUGCCGCCCCCGCCGCUGGUGGUGGUGGUGAGGAGGCGAGCAGCGUGGAUGGGAAAGAGACCGUGGUUGCCGGUGACAAGAGCGUUGUAUGA